AUGAAAAUUCUCGUUGUGCUUCUAUACUUAGCCCUAAUAUCUUUAGCUUAUGAAGACUCCCCAGGAGAAUCUUCACCUUUAUAAGUAGAGGUAUAAAUAUUUGGAAAUUCUGAACAAACAAAAGAUGAAGAGGUUGGAAUAUUUUAAUUUGAUGAGUUUAAAAGAGGAACAGGAUCAAUAAAUUAACUGUUCAUUAAAGAUUUACUAGAGACUAUUUCAGCUGCUUUUGAGAGCAUAGCAAAUAAUGAAGACGAUGCCACCUUUUUGUAAGACGCUUAGAAAUUACCUCCUUAAUAAGAUGGAUUGGAACCUAUUUAAGUUGAAAGUCCAAUCUUCGGAUUUUUUAAUCCAUUUAUUUCAAUGUUUUAGCCAUCUGAAAUCUCUGAUUUUGUGGAAAUAGAAACAAUCUCAAUUAAUGGAUAAAAACAAACUAAAGUAACUAAAACUCAAACUAGAAAUGGGAUAACAACCACAACAACAGAAAUAACAAGGGAGAGCAUUUAAAAUACAAAUAAUAAUUAACUUUCAGAUGAGUUUUUAUUAUAAGAAAAUUCAGUAGUAGAAGAAGGGGAGAAAUUUUUUGGUUCUGAAGAGGAUGUCUAUGGAGAUAAUAUCAAUCUUGUAAAUUUAGAUGAUUUGGAAUCAGUUAAAGAUUUUCAUUUAGUUUAAGACAAUUAUGUAAAUAAUGAAUUAGUAAUGAAUGGUGAAGAAAAAUAAUUUUUACAGCUACCUUUAGGUCUAUCAAUAUUCGGUGGUUUAGUUCUGACUCUAUUGAUUGGGUAUUCGAUAAAGAAAUUUGUAUUUAAAAAUAAUUAAUGA